UACGCUGUAGGUUAACUCCUGAGCUCAGGUAAUGCUUCUGGAGGGAAGAGGCUGGGCUGCUUGUGGGAAGCAAGAUGGAGGCCCCUAGGUUGACCGAGGGGUGGUGGAGGGGUCCCUCCCCUAAGCCCCAUAGUUGGAGUCUCUCUCUUCGUAGCUAAAAAUGUUUGAGGUGGCCCCACCUCAACUUGCCCUAAACCCCAGUAUUUGUCCAAUAACCUUCCUCUCUCUGGGCCUCAGUUUUCCUUCUGGGCGGUAAAGGGUUGCUGGUUCUUUCAGGGCUGCCGCUUUGGUGAAGGGUGAGGGGGUUGUUGUGAGGUGGGAGACAAGAGGAGCCGUUAAACUCUGGCUUUGGGGUCAGACAGGCUCCACCUUGAAGUGGCCGUGAGACCUCCAUGCUUCAGUUUCCGUGUUUGCAAAAUGGGUCUACUUACCAGGAUGAAAUAAGAUAAUGUCCUUAAAGCAUUUAACACAGCUCCAGGCACUUAGGAAGCCCUCAGAGGUGUUUGUUGCUGCUGUUCUUCCUCUCCGGCCAGGUCUGGGGUGCCAGGAGGAGGGGGGAGGGUGCUGUAGCCUCCAGGAGCUCUGCUGCUUUUCUGCCCCCAUCCCCGCCCCCUCCCCCCACCCGCUGCGCCACAUCUCAGUUUCCUUCUGUUCUGAGCCCCCAUUUCUCCAUUUCCCAUGCCUCCACUUCCUGGAGGUCAUCUGUCAGGCCAGCACGCUGAUCCCCUUGACUUCUGGGGGGCAGUGGGGUAAGUGCUAAGUCCUGGGGCUGCUUCCUUUACAGGUCACCCCGUCCCACCCCCCCUCACCCACCCCCACCCCCCAAGAGAUGAGUGAUGCCCAAGAUCCUGCCACAAUCCCUGCGGUUGGCACCCAGGUGAAGCUGAGGGGCUGGAGCCGUCAAGGGGAGGGGGGUGAGUCUUUCCAUUUCCGCCGGCACGAGGAGCUCCAGGCCUUCCUCAGCCUUCUGGAGCACAGUUUCCUCCAGGAUUUCCUCUCCAAAGAUCCCUGUUUCCAGAUUUCAGAUAAGUAUCUCCUGGCCAUGGUGCUGGUCUACUUCCGGCGUGCCAACCUGCAGCUCAGCGAGUACACCCACAGCAAUCUGUUCCUGGCACUGUACCUUGCAAAUGACAUGGAGGAAGACCUGGAGGACCCCAAAAGCGUGAUUUUUCUGUGGGCCCUGGGCCAAGAUUGGCAUCAUCGAGUGUCAGACUUCCUGUGUCAGAGGGACAAGCUGUGGGCACGGAUGGGCUUCAGGGCUGUGGUGAGACGCCAGAGCUGCGAGGAGGUCAUGGCCAAGGAGCCGACCCACUGGGCCUGGACUCGGGAGAGGCAUCCCCACCACGGCAGGGCUCAGAGGAGCUACCCAAAGGCCCAGAUCCCCCUCCCCCGGGGCCCCGGCCUCUCGCCACCCCACUGUCCCCUGUGUGGCUUGCCCCCUUGCCACAGCCACCGCUGCCACCAGCCCUGCCCCUUGCCUGUCAUAUCCAAGUGCCCUUCCCAAAACCCUGAGCGGCACCGCCCUCCCUCCCAAGCUUGUCUCUCAGUGGCUGGAGACUCCUGGAGUGGGGCCUUCCUCAUUGUCCUGCCCACCCAGCUGCAACUGGAGCCAGGCACCUACACCCUCCACAUCUUCUCAAAGCUGCUGCCGUGCCCUCGGCGCUGACACUCGCAGGGUGAAGAACAGCCCGUCUGCUCCCUGCUGACCCAGUGCUCUACUGGCUGGGGCCCCUCCGGCCUCCUGUCUACUUGGCCUCAGGCUGGCAGGGCUGCCCAUGCCCCCUGCCCCUUCCUCCCAACCUGCAACUUGUACGCACUCUGACCUGACUCCUCAAAUAAAUUCAUGUCCACAGGACACCAACUGUGCUUAGGCCCUAGUCUGGGUCCCUGACCCAGGGUGGGGGCAGGGAGGGAGUUACCGGGAGAGGGGCAUCUGCCACGUUUAGGUACCAGUGGUUGGAGACCCAUGAGCACAGGUCCUGUAAUAGCUCCUCUCCUCCCAUUCGUGACCAGUCAUCCUGAGCCUGUUUACCCUUUUUAACAUCCAUGUGGAUGGUGAGAUCCACACAGUGCAGAUGGGACUAAAUGAGAUGAGGUAUCUGCAGUCCUUAGAAGAGGGUCUGGAACCUCCUGGACAAAAAAAUGCUCAGAAGGAAAACGGCUCCAUUGUCAGUCUAGAAAUGCCUGCAGGGUCAGGUCUAUUUAGGAAUGAGCCUUGGUCCUUGCUCUGGGCGGCAAUCGGAUAUAAUGUAAUUAUUAUAAUACAAGACCCCCUCUCCCUUCCCCAAAGUAAGUUUGUUAAUUGGGGAGCAGGGAAGACUCACCCGAGGAGCUGGCAUUUGAACAGGGCCUCGAACAAUGUCAGGUUUGCCCGUGCUCAGGUGGUGGUGUUGGGGUGCUGGUGGUGAGGAACAGUGUUCUUGGAAAGACAGUCCAGAGUAGUGAGUAAGACUUGGUCUCUGGUGCCAGACAGCUUAAGUUCAAAGUCCAGGUUUAUGUGUGACUUUAGCCUGUUAUUUAAUCUCCUCUACUGCCUCAUCUGUAAAAUGGGUAUUACACUAAAAAGGGUGUCGGUUGAGAUUUGAAUGAGUUAAUCCUAGAAGGGUUUAGAACUAGGUUUCAAGAGUAGAGCUCAAAUGUGGGUGUUACUAGUAGAGGGAACUGCUGCCCAGAGAAAGGCUAGAGGGGAACGUACGUUUGGGGAGCGGCCAGAACACAAGACAGAGAAGUCUGAAGGGUCAGGUGGCAGAGGAAUCUGGACGUGAUUCCCCUGCCUCUCUACGAGUGGCUCCCAAGAAGUAAGGAGGUAAAGCCUGGAGACGGCGACCGUUAGAAGCCAUGACAAGGGCUGUGAAGUAUAUGUAAGAGUUUUCCCAAUAGGUAAUAUGCUCACAUGUAUGUUUUGAAUUUUGCACCAAGUGUCACCGUCUACCCCUGACUCCCAGCCAUCUGGUUCCCCUUCCUGGAAGCAAUGAAAGUAAUCAUUCAUGUCCUGCCAGAGAAAGAAUCUGAAUGUCUAUAACCAAACGUGGUAUAAUAAAAAUAUACAUAUUUGGUCUUUGUCCUUGGUUCCUGGCACAGAGCUCCUAAAACCCUUGGAAUUUCCAGAGUUACAGGAGCGUCUUUUGUUAUUCAUAAUGAGCUCCUUUGGGUCAUACCUGAGUUUAUGCUAAUGAGGUUACUCAGGAUGGGGGAAAACUGAUCACCAGAAAAACUGAUCUAGAAGGUGGGAACUUUCAGCUUCCCUACUUCCUCCAGGAGGGGCAGGGCACUGGAGAUUUGGAGUUUGGGGGAGGGUGGCUCCGCCUGCCCCCCCCUCCCCCACAUCUUGCCCUAUGAGUCUCUUCUAUUUGGUUGCUCCUGAGUAGCUUUUAUGAGAAACUGUUAACAGUAGGUAAAGCACCUUCCUGAGUGCUGAGAGCGUUCUACUGAAUUAUCAGGCCUGAGGAGGGGUGUUGGGGGCAUCCCCAAAUUUGUAGUCGGCCACACAGGAGCGUGGGUCGCCUGGGCACUCCAUCUGUGGCCGGCAUCUUGUGGAACUGAGCCCUUAACCCACGGGGUCUGCGCUAACUCUGGCAACUGGUGUCCGAAUUGAAUUGUAGGCACCUAGAUGGCGUUGGAGAGUUGGUGUGGACCCGUCGCAUGUAUUUGGUAUCCGGGAAAAAAGCUAUUUGGUGUGAGACGUGGUGUCAGAAAAAAGAUACCACACCAAAUAUGCAUAUAUGUCCCACCCCCAUUUUUAAAACACUCCAGUGGGAGAAUUCCAUACAUCCUACUUAUCAACUUAGCAAUACUUAUCAACGUAUUUUAAAGAUGGUUCCUUGUCUGCACAUUCCUUUUGACAGCUGUGUAGUAUUCCUCUGUGUGGAUGUACUAUAAUGUAUCUUUUUUCCUAUUGAUUGGCAUUUGUUUCCACACUUCUGCUAUUCCAGACAGUGCUAUAGAGAGUCACUAAGACUUUGUAAGAACAGCAUUGUUCAAAUGUGAAAAGGUAUCUGUAGAGUGAAUUCCUAGAAGAAUUGUUCAGCCAAAGGUCAAGUCAAAAUUGAAGGACUUUUGCCAAAUGUCCCUCUGUUGGGGCUAUGCCUGUACUGCCCUUCCCCCCCAACCUCUAGCAGAGCAUGUGAAGGCUGUUUUCCAGAACACUCACCAAUCAGUGAGGUACCAGAUUGUUUUAUGUUUGCCAAACUGCUAAGUAGAAAAUGGUGUCUUGGUGAAGGUUUAAUUUGUAUUUUUCUUUUGAGUGAGCUCAAGCAUUGUUUCAUAUGUUUAAGAACUCUUUGUCUACUUUUUUGUGAACUGUCCUUGUCUUUGCCCAUUUUGCCACUGCUUUUGGUACCUGACUCACAUAUAAGGAAAAGUAGCCUUUCAGGAUGUAAAUUGGAAGUCUUUUCUUUGGUUUAUCAUUUUAACUUUGCUAUGCGGAUUUUUUAGUGUAGUAAAAUAAAUUUUUGUGGCUGCUGGGUUUUGUGUCAUAGUUGAAAAGACCUUUUCCACACUGAGAUGAUUAAAAGACUGUCUCCCUUAGCU